CGGCUUCAUUUGGAGUCGGAGCCUGGCCGUGGCUCAGGUGACCAGCGUCUCUCUCAGAGGGUGCCACCGACCGUGCCACCGGCUAGUGGGGUCUCGGCCGCAAUGAUCCAGAAUGUCGGAAAUCACCUGCGAAGGGGCAUCGCGUCUGUGUUCUCGGGCCGCACGUCCCGGAAGUCAGCCUCUCGCGCAGAGCACGCCGACGGUGCCAUGGUGGACAGUGAGGGGUACCGGAGCCCCACGGAGGUGCAGAUGAGCCAGAUGGUGCUGCCUUGCCACACCAACCAGCGCGGCGAGCUGAGUGUCGGGCAGCUGCUCAAGUGGGUCGACACCGCCGCCUGCCUGUCCGCCGAGAGGCACGCUGGCUGCCCCUGCGUCACCGCUUCCAUGGACGAUAUCUACUUUGAGCAUACCAUUAGUGUCGGACAAGUGGUGAAUAUCAAGGCCAAGGUGAACCGGGCCUUCAACUCCAGCAUGGAGGUAGGCAUCCAGGUGGCCUCUGAGGACCUGUGCUCUGAGAAGCAGUGGAGUGUGUGCAAGGCCUUGGCCACCUUUGUGGCCUACCGGGAGCUCUCCAAGGUGAAGCUGAAGCAGACCACGCCACGGACGGAGGAGGAGAAGACGGAGCACAGCGUGGCAGCUGAGCGCCGGCGCAUGCGGUUGCUCUACGCGGACACCAUCAAGGACCUCCUGGCCAACUGCGCCAUUCAGGAUGAUCUGGAAAGCAGGGACUGCAGCUGCAUGGUGCCGGCCGAGAAGACCCGUGUGGAGAGCGUGGAGCUGGUCCUGCCUCCUCAUGCCAAUCACCAAGGCAAUACCUUUGGAGGUCAGAUCAUGGCCUGGAUGGAGAACGUGGCCACCAUCGCAGCCAGCCGCCUGUGCCGUGCCCACCCUACGCUGAAGGCCAUUGAGAUGUUCCACUUCCGGGGCCCCUCCCAGGUCGGGGACCGCCUAGUGCUCAAGGCCAUCGUGAACAACGCCUUCAAACAUAGCAUGGAGGUGGGCGUGUGCGUGGAGGCUUACCGCCAGGAGGCUGAGACCCAUCGGCGGCACAUCAACAGUGCCUUCAUGACCUUCGUGGUCCUGGACGCGGAUGAGCAGCCUCGGACACUGCCCUGGAUUCGGCCCCAGCCUGGGGAUGGCGAGCGGCGUUACCGAGAGGCUAGUGCCAGGAAGAAGAUCCGACUGGACAGGAAGUACAUCGUGUCCUGUAAACAGGGAGAAAUGCCCCUCUCUGUCCCCUGGGACCCUAGCAACCAGGUGUACCUGAGCUACAACAAUGUCUCCUCCCUGAAGAUGCUCGUGGCCAAGGACAACUGGGUGCUGUCUUCGGAGGUCAACCAGGUCCGCCUGUACACUCUGGAGGAAGACAAAUUCCUCUCCUUCCACAUGGAGAUGUCAGUGCACGUGGAUACCACCCAGGCCUUCCUGCUGCUCUCGGACCUGCUUCGGAGGCCCGAGUGGGACAAGCACUACCGGAGCGUGGAGCUAGUGCAGCAGGUGGAUGAGGACGAUGCCAUCUACCAUGUCAUCAGCCCUGUCCUUGGUGGCGAUACCAAGCCCCAGGACUUUGUGAUCCUGGCCUCUCGGCGGAAACCUUGUGACAACGGGGACCCCUAUGUCAUCGCGAUGCGGUCAGUUACGCUGCCCACACACCCCGAGACGCCAGCAUAUAGGCGCGGGGAGACCCUCUGCUCGGGUUUCUGCUUCUGGAGAGAGGGGGACCAGCUGACCAAGGUGUCCUACUACAACCAGGCUACCCCGGGCUUUCUCAACUACGUGACCACCAACGUGGCGGGUCUCUCCUCAGAGUUCUACACCACCUUCAAGGCUUGUGAGCAGUUCCUGUUGGACAACCGGAACGAUCUGGCCCCCAGCCUGCAGACCCUCUAAGCCCCCGGCAGUGGCCACUGCACACCCACUCCCCCUCCAUCCUGCCCCCAGGGACACACAUGCAGCGCACUGAGGCAGGCAGGGGCAUUUAUUCCUUGCUGCCUCCCCCGUGGGAAGCCUGGAGCCAGGGGCCCACCGGCCCAGCACCCAUGGGUGCUCAGUUCCCUCCAGCAUCUGCCAGCAAGUCUUCGCGGUAACUCGGGGGCAGCCGGUAGUAGACUCGGGUCCUGUCCACAGCCCUGGCUCCCAGCAGCCCCGCCCGCACCGAUGCAUAGUCGUCCCCCUCAGGACGGUGCUCCACCGUGACAGUGGCCCGGGGGGAGGCCGCCAACAGCCUGGCCACCACCCCAGCUGGGU